AUGGACCAAUCGGUAUAUGCGACCUAUCCGCCGGAGCUCUCUCCAGAGCAAAGGCGGUAUUUAGUAGCCACAGUGAAAGACUGGACGAUACAUCACGGACUGACUGUCCGACCAUCUCCAGACUUAGUAUCAAAGGCAUCUGAUUCCAAUGCUGUGUUGGCAACAAAUGCGCCGGUGACAUUGUUCCCGAGCCUCUUCCCAAGAUCCUGCUAUCAGUCAGCGGUUUCCGUUCAAACCGCAUAUAACGAGCUGUAUGCUGCGAUCACUGCAGAUGAAGCAUGGCUAGGGGAAAUUAUCGAAGACCUCGUCGAUGUCGAUGAUUUUGUUGCCAAUCUAUGGAAAGUCCACAAGGCCGUUAAACAAGAAGGUUAUGUCCAGCCAUUAUCAUUGGGCCUUUUCAGGUCAGACUAUAUGCUUCACAUCCCAGAAGGAAGCACUGAACCAUCUCUAAAGCAAGUGGAAUUCAAUACCAUCUCAUCAUCCUUUGGCGGGCUUUCAUGCCUUGUGAGCAAGAUGCAUUCGGAUCUUCUCUCUUGCCCACCGGGAACUCCGAUUGCAUACCCACCACACCAAUUAUUGAAAGAGAAUUCCAUUCCAGAGAAUAAGGCGGUUGCGACUCUGACUGCAGGACUUGCCGCCGCUCACGAAGCUUACGGAUGCUCCAAAUCAUCACCGUCGCUGCCUCUGUGCAUUCUUUUUGUGGUUCAAGAUGGGGAGCGGAAUAUAUUUGACCAGCAUGAGCUCUCAACUCGUCUCACACAAUUCCAUAAGAUACCCGUUUUCCGCGUUAUCACUACAGAUGUCCUACGGUUGACGUCUGUCCCCCAAGACAACCCAUCUCGCCCGCUGGUAUAUGCCCCACCAUAUGCCCCAUCAGUCUCCUUUGAGGUCACCACUAUCUACCUCCGGGGUUUCUACGGACCUAGAGACUACCAAGAUGGAAGCGCAUGGGAGGCGCGUACUCACCUCGAACGCUCAGCAGCAAUCAAAUGCCCCACAGUCCUCAACCAACUAUCGGGAUGCAAGAAGGUCCAACAGGUCCUCGCUCAGCCGACCGGACCCGAUCACUUGGCCCGAUUCCUCCCCAACGCCGAUCCUCAAACCAUCAAGCAAAUACGCGAUACUUUCGCUCCACAAUAUGAUAUCUCUAUCUCCGGGCAGGGGCAAGAUCUCGCCCUCAACCCAUCCACUGCCGCAAAGCACGUUCUCAAACCCCAGCGCGAAGGCGGUGGGAACAACAUUUACCGCGAGGCAAUCCCGGGAUUUCUACGCGCCAUGCCUGAGAAGGACUGGAAGGGGUGGAUUCUGAUGGAACUCAUCCAGCCACCGAGCGCAGCUAAGAACGUUGCACUUCGUAGUGAUGGUGAAGUACUGACUGGUAAUGUUGUCGGUGAAUUGGGUAUUUUUGGCACAAUAUUGUGGAAUAAUGAGACUGGGAAGGUUAUGCGCAAUGAGCAGGGAGGGUGGCUGAUGAGAACCAAGGCCGAUGACAGUGACGAAGGUGGUGUUGCCGCGGGUUUCUCUUCACUCGAUAGUAUAUUACUCAUUUAGCAAUACCGGCGUACAUAGAAAUUGUGGUCGCUGACUAGAAAUCAGAACAUUUGAAGACCUACUGGCAUUGAAUCUAGAGAAGAAUACAUAUAUGAAUCUCAGAAUGAAAGUGAGGUCCAUGGGAACCCGAAUACAGGGGAUAAAGUAUCAAUCUAGGUGUUUCUUUUUUUAUUUAAAAAAAAAAGAAAAGAAAAUCCAGUGGGAUAAGCAGAAGAUAAAGAAGCAGAAAAAGGCUUAGAGCGCGUCAAGUCAAGUCAUCAAGGGCAUGAAUACAGGGAAAAGAGCGCUGUGAUGCCAGGUGAAAGUUACUGAAAGUUCCGUGUCUCUUCUAGGGCUGGGAUCAGCACCCAAUAAGCAAUGAGAAAUGAAGAACCACGGGAAGGACCGCAGCCAAGAGGUAGAACCAGGGAUAGAACCCAGCAAGAAGGGCCGGGAGUAACCGCCCUCAAACAUAAAUGUGAAGGCAAAAAGGUCAAAAAAUAUCAACAUGGAAACAAAUGGAACCAUAAGCAAAAGGUAGAAAAGCCAAGCAGGUCCUGUGGAGAAAAAAAUCUUUCUUCCUCUUUUUUUCUUUUCUUUUCAUGCAGCUUAUACGCCUCUCCGGUGGAACAUGAUUGCGCAGAAGUCUUUUCGAAAUCUGGGGAUUCCUUUAAACAUUCGAAUCUCGAAUAUUCCUAGUAGGGAAGGUUAUCCCUAAGGAAGUUUUCGAAGGAGCGCUGUGAAGACAUGUUUCGCUGGUGUCCUCUCCAUGGGAACGGAUAGUUGCGAGUCAUGAUCUCGCCAGUGCUCGUGUUCACCUUGUGAGCAUGGUUGCGGCGAAUGGAGAGGCUUGAGGGGGCCCGAAGUCGCGAAGGUGAAGGGCUAAAUCUGUUGAUGCCCUGGGGAUAGUUCGAGGCCCGACAGCGCUGGUCGAUUUGCAUCGUGAUAUUGGCGAGAUGCUCAGUGGAAGCAGCUUGGUUGUACGGGGUCGAAUAGCCAGGGAUGUAUGGUCCAUCGAAGAGAUGAUAGUCGUCCAGGCAGCCUUGAAAAGGUGCAGGGAAAAAUUUGGCUUGUCUGGAUACGACAGUGGACUCAUUAUAUUCCGUGGCUAUUUCGACGUUUUGGCCGUUCAGCCCGCUGAUCGGAGACGUCCACAGCUGAUGGACCCCAAGUCCUUGCAGAGGUUGAUGCAUACCGAGUUCGGAAUAGUUGGCAGCCAGUGCAUUGUCUAUGUCCGUACGAUGAGCAAUGGUGUCGAAUUGAUCUGUAUAACCGGUCGCUCCCACGGUAUCGCCAGUGAAGAAGUCGGCCGAUGGAGAAAUGGCGUUCACAAAAGGGCUUGCGGACUGCGUUGGGCAUUCGGGGUUCUCAGCGGUGAAAGCAACUGACAAUCCGGAUUUCGGGGGCGUCUUCCAGCUCAUGCGUCGCUUGGAUACUGAUCUGGGUGUAGAAAGGACUGACCCAGACGCGGAAGACAGUUGGCCCUGAUUUACACUUGUCAGGUCUGCAUUGGCCUUGCCCUUCGCUUUGGGCCACCACUGGGGCAAUUCAUUUUCUGGAGCUCGAUGCUAUCUUCCAAACGAUGACCCGCAUU